UUCUAGUUAUGAAUUGUGAAAUAAAUUUAUACUUUCUAAAAUGCAUAAGAGAUUGUAUUAUAAAAAUUAGUUGUAUGGUAUUUUGUUCUAAAAUCGUGAUUUAACCACGUCAAUUAUUUUAUACCGGACCACAUUAUUACAGUUUGGUGUCAUCCGGUCCAAACGAAAUUUUAUUGCAAUAUCACUUAUACCAUUAAAGUAAUAACCUUGGAUUGAAAAAUGUAGCGUAUCAGUGGAUCGACCUGAAAAAUCUUCUAUCAAAAGCUCAACCGAACAAUAUAUUCUGGUUUCUGCAAUUUAAUUAUAGGUGUCCAAAAUUAAUCCAUAUUAUCUCUUUAAACACAAAAAUAAUAAACAAACAAAUACGUUUUGUAAUAAGCAUCUUCUCCUAAUGUUACUCCUAAUAUUACUCUUCUCUUGAUAUUACUCCUAAUAAUGCUGUUAAACCCACGUUAAAAGGAAAGCAUAGAUGAUUCUGGUUAUUUAAAAAAAGCAAGGCAUCCAUGAUUUAGUUGAACUAAAGGACAUGGAUUAUAAUAAAAAAAGGAACGCAUGAAGGGAAGCCAAGUUUCCGCCCGAUUUGGAGGGUCGAGCGGUACAGUAAAUUUUCCUUUGCUUUUCUCUCCCUCCGCACUGUUACUUUUGUUCGGAAACAGCGGAAAAUAUCUCGGGAAUUGUAUUUCCCUUCCAAUAUCUCCCCUCCCCCCCCCCCCCCUUUUCCGCCUCUCCGAAACAGAGGGUGCAGAGAAAACCCUAAAAGUUUCCUCGCUGCUGGUCGUCGUGGAACCCAAACCCGAAAGCGGAGGAAGACGAAAUCGAUUUGGAACAGGAGGACCAACGGCGGUGGACAGAAUCGCCUGUGACGGUGAGCUCUUAUUUAUCAUCUUCUUCGGCUAUAUUUUAAAUUUCACCUUCUCUGUUUUUGGACUUGCUGCAGAGCACAGCGGUAGCAAGAUUCCAAUAACAUGGUUUCGUCGAGUUCGUGCUCGAGCCCUAUCCAUGGGGAGGAACAACAUAAACUGACGGUGGUGGUGAUUAUGGACCAGCAGGUUGGGUGACAGUUGGUGGAACAGCCAAUGUAUUUUUCACUUUUGUAUUCACCGGUUGACCUUACUCCUACCGCAACCCCCAAAAAAAUGAACUUGCUCCUCACUUCUCUUGAUUUUACUGUUGCAGGCACAUACUAACCAUGGAGCAGGAACAGGAGCAGCAGCAGCAGACAUGGAAAGUGUGGGAAGAUGGAUGGUAUGGUUUAGUUAGCUGUACUGAUAAACUCAGUAUCUCUCUUUUUAUAUUUUUGAAUGUAUUGUGUGGGAUUACCAGAUGGGCAAUGCUAACAAGAGAUAAAGUGAGAGGGGGCAAGAAGUUGACGAAAUGGCCACUUGGGACUGAAACCAACCAAAUUUGAGUUGCUUCUGAAAAUCAGUUCAAUAUUUCUAUUUUGUUCUUCAAUACGUUUUUCUUUGCUGUUCUGAAAUUUUCAAUUUGUUCCUGUUCGCUUUGGUUGGGAGAAGAGCGAUUGAAUUUAUGUUUUGCUUUCUAAUCUUCCUUUCUUUGUGGUUAUUAUCGUUCUGUUUGUUGUUUGUGAUGUAUGUACAUGUUUUUUCUGCAACUUCAGUUGAAGUCUUGCCAUGUACAUGUUCUUUUUUGUAAAUUUGCUGGAUGCAGAUAGUUUCUGUUUUCUGCGCUCUGCUUAAUUCAGUUGAAGAUUUGACAUAUAGAUGUUCUUAUUAUUAAAUUUGGGUUAUUUGUUGGUGGUUGUCAAUGAUGUUGUAACAAUUACUGGUAUGAUGAUGUUGCUGCCAAUGAUGUGUCAAGAAACUAUUUGAUUGUUAGCACAAAAGAAUUGCUACCAAGGGCUCAAAAUCAUGAGUUACACAAACAGACUGCUUACUUUCAUAUUCAUGUUUCGAACGCUGUGUCUUUAUGGUCGGAAUCCUUCUCUUCCAAGUUUUUUUUUAUAUACCGCAUUCUGCAUUCCAGGCUAUCUCUACCAACUACAUGAUGGUGUAUUGAUUUAUAUACCUCUUAAGUUGAAUAGAAUACCGAAUUGGCGAUGUCACAUCAUUCUAAAAUCAAUACAUUCUUCCCUUUUCAGUUGUAAUAUGUGCCAUGAAAUGAGUUUUCGCUACUUUGUAGCGUGAUUUGCUUUGAUUAUAUACAGAACCUUCAUUAUUUCAUUGGCAGUGCAAAACACGCUGGAAGAGAACAACAUAAAAUGUACUUACAUUGAGUUCCACAGUUUAGUUGUCUCCUAAUAUGUUCAAUGUACUGCCUACCGAUUGUUCUGCCAACACUUCAUUUCUAGCAAGAAAAACUACCAUAUACUUACUACUUUCCUAUGAGUUGAUGAUGAUUGAGCGUGGACAGCAUUAUUAUUUUGUUUUUCUUUAUGCUUAUGCUGCAAAAUUUAACAGGAAGGCAAACCUAAAGCUUCUCGGUAUUGAUCGCGUGCUUCAGCAACAGCUUCUCUUUGCUUACUGUUGUGUUGAAAUGGAUGAGACUAAUGCAGAGUUAAUAGGUCAUUCUUAAUUCUUCAUCUGCUUCAGCAACAGUUUCAGGUCAUUCUUCUAUCUACACUUUACAGGCCUAAUGUCGAUGUUUAAUCCUGUGCCGAUUCAGGUAGUGGCCUGCUGUUGGAUAAGACUAAUGCACAGCUUCAUGUAAUUCAUCUAUCUGCACUACAGACCCUAGAGGCUACACCAAGUAAUCCUUCUCUUCCAGCUCUUCCUGUUUUAGCUUCCUGUCUAUAGUUUAAAGAUCGUUCUUACAGUUUCUUGGCUAAAGUCGAUUGUUAAAGUAUUAGGUAGGAGUUCAUGGCGAUAGUAAGUAAGCUGCAGUAGUUGAUAUAGUUCGCCUUUGGUUGGUUGAAUAGGUAAGAGAUAGAGAGGGGAGGAGGGACGGGGAAGGGAGAGAGGGAGGUUUGAUCCACCAUAUGGAGUAAUAUACUCUUAUGAUUCUUUCUGCCAAAGAGGGGAAAUAUGGGUUUAGUUUGAAGGUGAAGAUUUGAUUGAAGAUUGAGGGGAAAGGAAAUGGGAAAUGAUGAUUAUGGAUAUCUUGACAUUCCAUGGUUGUUGGUUGUCUCCUGCAUGGAUUUAAACUAAUUGCUACUUUCUUUUUUCAAUCUAUUUUGUCUACAGGUUCUAGAAAUCAUGCUAUCUCAGAGGUUUAUAAAUGUUCUUUGGUGCCUUACCAACUUCCAGUUCAGGUUUUAACCUGGUUGUCUUUUCCUGCUCAAUUUACAGGUUCUGUGUGUGUGUAAUCGGCUUUUUGGUCCUGCUACUCUCAAAUCAUCAGUUGAUAAAUAGGCCUGUAUAAUUGUAUCAUGUAUGAUUGUAGGCACUCCCCUCACGCAUCAUAAGCAAAUAACAUUAUUUUGUCUUAAAUGUAUACGCUAUUGUUUUAAAAUGAUAUGCAUUUGCUGCAAAUUAAGUCCCCGCGGCGUAGCCGUGGGUAUUGAUUCUAGUGUUCUUUACAAGGUACUUGACGAUCUAGUAUUUGCAUCUCAUUUUUUAUUAGUACUCUACUGAUGGCAGUUCCAAAUCCAUGAGUUUGCCAUCACAAAAUCUUCCUAUUUCCCUCUUUAGAUACGGAGGUCUUAUGACACCAAUUUUCUGUUUGCAGGAUGAUAGGACUCAAAACUGGCGUAUACAGGCAGUAGCUGUAUCACCUGAUGAUUUUCGAAGCAGGAAACCGUUACCAGUUAACUGGAGAGGUUUGGAAAAUGAUCAGCUCUUGGAAGUAUCAGGGAUUCCUGGCUGCGUGUUUGUCCAUGCAAGUGGGUUUACUGGUGGAAACCGAAGUUAUGAAGGUGCACUUGAGAUGGCAAGAGCUUCUUUAAAGGCUUAAAUAACAGGAAUUUUGUUGGAAACCAUCUGCAGAUGAUUUGUUGGAGAAAGGUACAAUCCUCCAAAUGUUGCAUCUAGCAAAACAUUUGGAGGAUUGCUGGUGACUUUUCAAGUUUCUCCUACAAGAACCCUAGAAUUUUGUAAGUGGAAAGAGCAGCAAUAGGUUAGAAUGAAAUCGAUGUUCAGGUUGAUCUAAAUCGAUGGUCAGCAGCAUUGGCCACAAUAUUACAGCAACUACAACAGCCGCAGCCACAAAAAGAAACUAGGCCGAGUUGAUCAUUGUGGCAUUGCCUUGGUGUGUCCUGACCUAAACAAAUCUGCUAACCAAAAGUCAAUUAAUUACUUUACCGCCAAAGUUCAAUGUGUGAGCACCUUGCAAACUCGACCAUUUUCAUCCUGGUACUGGUAUCAGGAGUAAACCCCUUGCUCUUCAUUUGGCUAAUGACACUAUACGCCUCUUCGAAUUUCCCAGCAUUGCAAAUGCAAGACUGCUAACAUUAACCUUAUUCAGUACAACCCCUGUAUCAAGCAGUUCCUUAUACGCCUUCCAGCCAACUCCAGCACACUCAUAUCAGGCAUCUCCUGAAUACCACAAAUACUGCCGAUGAAAAUGUUGUAAACUACAUACCCCAGUUGGCAACCACAUUUUGGCAUCUUCUUGAGAAGCUUAUAGGCACGAGCAUAAUCUCCAGAUUUGCAAUAAGCAUGAACCAAAGAGUUAAAAAUGGCUGGACUCGGAUAACAACCCUCUGUGAUCAUCAUACUGAUAAUUCUCUUACACCUAUUGAGCUGCUUCUUCUUCAAGCACCCACAUUGAUAUGAUCCAAGUUUCGCAACUACAAACAAUUCAAUUGAUGGCCAAAGGAUCAAUCAACGUUGGAGUGAAAAAUGGUCGAAUUUGGCUAAGUGGUUGGGUUGUUUCGUGGUGCUUGCUUUGCAGAUUCAUAUCGUACAUUAUGGUUGAUGGAAAUGCGAGAGGAAGAUUGGAGAGUGAAGGGAAGGUGUUUGUUUAUCAUCCUGGAUGGUUGUUUGCACAAAGUCAAGUCCCUAAGUUCCUGAACGAAGAGUGUCAAGUUGCUAUGGUAAAACUGGAAAAAUGCCUGUUUUUGGCUAAGUCUGGGAACAGUUUCCGACACCAUCUUUGGAGGCUUAUUCAAUUCAGAUGGUGUAACUUUGAAGGACAAGAAGGGUUGGAAAUUGAACUAUGGACUCAGGAGAGCAACGACUGAAGCCUGUUAGGGACGUUGAUCCUUGGAAGACUUCAAUCGAGGGCUUCAAAGAUGCUAUGGAGACUGGUACCAUUGCGUGGCAGGGAGGCAGCAGUGUGGAUGAGAAGCAAUUGGUUUUUGUUACCUUUUAGAGUUGGGAUUCUGUUUCCUUGUCAAGCUAGAGUUAGAUAUUGCUUUCCUUGUUAGUUUAGAGUUAGAAUUAGGCUGUUUGUUUUCUAUUUAAAGGCUUGAUAGCCUCGUGUACAAGGGGAGUUUUGGAUGAAUGAAAAGUUGUGACCAUU